CGAUUUUUAGUGGUUUGCCAACCUCUGUGAAUGUUGGUGAAAAGGAAUACGAAAACCGUCUAAUUUAUACGCUGACGGUCAGUGACGUCAACAAUGACGCCUAUGUUUGCAAUUCUGCCGGAACAACUCCCACUCUUGCCCGAGCUGAAACGGAAUUUAGAGUUCUCAUAGAUCCAAAAACUGGAACCUAUGGAGUUUAUGCCCACAAUGCUUCACCUGGUACGGCAGCUUCCCCAAACGUCAUGUUUGAUUUUGCUACGCAGUCCACUUACCAAAUCACCAUCAGAUGUACGGACUCUAAUGGAGAGUAUAGAGAGGAUAAACUCGAGGUGGACAUUAUCCCGGGGGAUCGACUGGAGUUCACUCACUCUUCUGAUGUUGUGUCUGUGGAUGCAAGGACUGCUACAGCCAAUCAACUUGUGUAUACAGUUUCAUCACGUGAUUUGUUAAACCAUUCCCCACUGACGUAUACAUUGAGGGCUGUUCCAAAUACAAACAGCUUUUCUAUUGAUUCCAGUAGCGGGCAGGUGAGGACUACACGGACACUGCUGGAUGAAACUCAAAGUCCGGUAGACCUGUAUAUUUCUGUCACAGAUGGACUUAUUUCUGUACAAACACUUCUCAGCAUAGAUAUUUUAAACUUAAACAACCAACCAAACAUAACCAACCUUCCAGCCUCUGUGUCUGUUGAUGAAGACAUUGCAGGAGACACAGUUAUCUUUACGGUGACGUCACAAGAUCUGGAUGCCACUGACCCUUUGACCUACACAUUCACUGUUAGUCCAAUCAGUGCGCAAGGUCUAUUUUCGUUUGAUUCCACAAAUGGUCAGUUUAAGCUGUCAUCUACUGGGAAAUUGGACUUCGAAACUCUGUCUCGCUACAAUAUUUCGUUUACGAUAUCUGAUGGAAAGAGCACAAGCGGGCCCUAUCUAUUGACUGUGAAUGUGCUGAAUGUAAACGAAGACUGCUACUUUGACAGACAGGCUUAUUAUAUCAGCGUACUGGAGGGCACGGUUGGAAGUCAAAGCAUGAACCCUAAUUUCGUGGUUCGUGACUAUGAUGGAACUCAGCCGUACUCACUUUCGUUAAUGAAUGGAAACAAUAGUGAGCGAUUCCAAAUCGACGGCACCUCGGGAAUUAUGACGUAUGCUGUGGAUUAUGACGUAGAUCAAAAUGCUAUGCCCUCUUCCUUGCAACUGACUGUUCGGUGUACAGACUCGCUCGGGAAAACCGGAACUACAUUGCUUUUCAUGACUAUUAGGGAUGCAAAUGACAAUGUACCAGUUUUUUCUCAGGGGACUUACACAUUCUAUGCCGAUCAAUAUACCGGUUUGGGAAGUGCCAUCGGUCAAAUAACGAUUACGGACAAAGAUAGCGGUAGUAACGCCGAAUUCACCUGUGGUGGAAGUCUCGCAAAUAGUGCUACCCAGACCAACACUUACUACACGGUCGGGACAGCGUGUGGGGUUUAUUUUUUAUCCAGAACCGGUCUCUCCUACGGAACAGCGAUUAGGUAUCUGGUAACAGCUACCGACAAAGGAACACCGCCUCUAAGUUCCACGACAACAGUCAAUAUGAUUUACAUAGAGACUACCACAACCACUGUAUCUACCACGACUACCACUAUCUCUAUAAGCUCAUCUCUAGACAGCGCCUCCAUAGCAGCAAUAGUACUCGGUUCCCUGCUGGGAGCUAUUCUUGCCGGAAUUCUUCUGUAUUUCUUAAUCAGGUUGUGUUACACUGGCGCUUGUCUUGGAUCAGCUCCAUGUGAUUUUAUGAAUUGCUGCAAAAACAGUCAGGCAACGUAA